AUGCGUAGUUCAAGUGAAAAUGGCAUCGUACCCAGUCAAACUGUUUGUGAACUGUUGUGCUCCUGGGGGGGGGGGGGGGGGGGGGGGGGGGGGGGGGGGGGGGGGGGGGGGGGGGAGGGGGGGGGGGGGGGGGGGGGGGGGGGGGGGGGGGGUGGGGGGGGGGGGGGGGGGGGGGGGGGGGGGGGGGGGGGGGGGGGGGGGGGUGGGGGGGGGGGGGGGGGGGGGGGGGGGGGGGGGGGGGGGGGGGGGGGGGGGGGGGGGGGGGGGGGGGGGGGGGGGGGGGGGGGGGGGGGGGGGGGGGGGGGGGGGGGGGGGGGGGGGGGGGGGGGUGGGGGGGGGGGGGGGGGGGGGGGGGGGGGGGGGCGUGGGGGGGGGGUGGGGGGGGUGGGGGGGGGGAGGGGGGGGGGGGGGGGGGGGGGGGGGGGCCGGGGGGGGGGGGGGGGGGGGGGGGGGGGGGGGGGGGGGGGGGGGGGGGGGGGGCGGGGGGGGGGGGGUGCGGCGGGGGGGGGGGGGGGGGGGGUGGGGGGGGGGGGGGGGGGGGGGGGGGGGGGGGGGGGUGGGGGCGGGGGGGGAGGGGGGGGGGUGGAGGGGGGGGGGGGGGGGGGGGGGGGGGGGGGGGGGGGGGGUGGGGGGAGGGGUGCGGGGGGGGUUGAGGGUGGGUGGGGAGUGGGUGCGGCGCAUGGGUAUUGCGCCGACGUCGUCUCCCGGAAGCUCCGGGGCCUCCCGUGA